AUGAAGCUUUCAACAUCAGGGAUGGGUCAGCAGGCUCAUGAAGGAGAGAAGAAAUGCUUGAAUUCAGAGCUAUGGCACGCUUGUGCUGGUCCUCUGGUGUCCCUACCGACGGUGGGCAGCCGCGUUGUUUACUUUCCUCAGGGACAUAGUGAACAGGUUGCAGCCACGACUAAUAAAGAAGUUGAUGCUCAUAUACCAAAUUAUCCGAGCUUGCCACCCCAGUUGAUUUGCCAGCUUCACAAUGUUACAAUGCAUGCAGAUGUUGAAACCGAUGAAGUGUAUGCUCAAAUGACACUGCAACCCUUGACUCCGCAAGAACAAAAGGAUACAUAUCUCCCAGUAGAGCUGGGGACUCCAAGCAGGCAGCCAACUAACUAUUUUUGCAAGACAUUGACUGCAAGUGAUACCAGUACGCAUGGGGGAUUCUCUGUCCCUCGCCGUGCUGCCGAGAAAGUUUUCCCUCCUCUGGACUUUUCGCAGACUCCACCUGCUCAAGAGCUGAUUGCCAGGGAUCUUCAUGACGUUGAAUGGAAGUUUAGGCACAUAUUCCGGGGUCAACCGAAGCGACAUCUUCUUACUACAGGGUGGAGUGUGUUUGUCAGUGCCAAGAGGCUUGUUGCUGGAGAUUCUGUACUUUUUAUCUGGAAUGAAAAAAAUCAGCUCCUCUUGGGGAUUCGCCGUGCUACUCGGCCUCAAACUGUGAUGCCAUCCUCUGUUCUUUCAAGUGACAGCAUGCACAUUGGAUUACUUGCUGCCGCCGCCCAUGCUGCAGCUACAAAUAGCUGUUUUACCAUUUUCUAUAAUCCAAGGGCUAGCCCAUCUGAGUUCGUAAUACCUCUUUCAAAGUAUGUUAAAGCUGUUUACCAUACUCGCGUUUCUGUUGGGAUGCGUUUUCGCAUGCUUUUUGAAACUGAAGAAUCAAGUGUCCGCAGAUAUAUGGGUACAAUUACUGGCAUUGGUGACUUGGACCCUGUCCGGUGGCCAAAUUCUCACUGGCGAUCUGUCAAGGUCGGUUGGGAUGAGUCAACAGCUGGUGAGAGACAGCCUCGGGUGUCGUUGUGGGAGAUUGAGCCUUUGACCACCUUUCCCAUGUAUCCAUCACUGUUUCCUCUCAGACUGAAAAGACCUUGGUAUCCGGGAGCAUCAUCUUUUCAAGAUCCUAGCAGUGAAGCUGUGAAUGGGAUGGCUUGGUUGCGAGGAGAAGCUGGCGAGCAAGGACUCCAUUCUCUGAACUUUCCUUCAGUUGGUAUGUUCCCGUGGAUGCAGCAGAGAAUUGACCCUGCAAUGCUUCGCAAUGAUCUUAAUCAGCAGUACCAGGCUAUGCUAGCUGCUGGCUUGCAAAAUUUUGGAAGUGGAGAUAUGCUCAAACAACAACUAAUGCAGUUUCAGCCACCUGUUCAAUAUCUUCAACAUUCAGGCAGCCAUAAUACAAUGUUACAGCAGCCGCAGCAGCCUCAGCAAGUAAUGCAGCCAACAUUGUCUCCAAAUAUGCUCCCUGCACAAACCCAACUGCUGUCAGAGAACCUGGACAGGACUCGGCAACAACAACAACUUACCAAUCAAACUGAGGAACCACAACAUCAUGCAUUCCAGGAUGGUUAUAUGAUCCAGCACGAGCAGCUCCAGCAGAGGCAGCCAUCAAACAUUCCAUCUCCUUCUUUUUCCAAAACAGACUUUGCUGACACAAACUCCAAAUUUUCAGCAUCGAUUGCUCCAUCUAGCAUGCAAAAUGUAUUGGGGACAUUAAGUUCGGAAGGGAGUAGUAAUCUUUUGAACUUCUCCCGAAGUAGCCCAACCUUGCUUCCCGAGCCACCAUCUCAACAGUCCUGGGUGUCGAAAUUUUCUCAUGGUCAAGUUAAUAAUUCCAGUUCUGUGUCACUGCCACCAUAUCCUGGGAAAGACGCCCCUGGUGAGCAAGAAGCUAGUGGUUUGGAUGCCCAGAAUCAGGCUCUUUUUAGUUCCAACAUUGACUCUGCUGCUCUUUUGCUACCAACAACUGUCUCCAGCGUUGGUACUUCUUCAAUUAAUGCUGGUCUAUCCUCUAUGCCAUUAGGGGAUUCUGGCUUUCAGAGUUCUCUGUAUGGUUAUAUGCAGGACUCUCCAGAGUUGUUGCAUGGUUCGGGACAGGACUCUCCAUCACCAGCUCGCACUUUUGUCAAGGUUUACAAGUCAGGGUGUGUUGGAAGGUCAUUGGACAUCAGCCGGUUCAACAGCUAUCAUGAGCUGAGGCAGGAACUUGGUCAGAUGUUUGGGAUCGAAGGGUUGCUUGAAGACCCUCAAAGAUCAGGCUGGCAGCUUGUAUUCGUCGACAGGGAGAAUGAUGUGCUUCUCCUUGGAGACGAUCCGUGGGAGGCAUUUGUCAAUAAUGUCUGGUACAUCAAGAUUCUCUCCCCCGAGGAUGUGCUGAAACUGGGAAAGCAAGAGGCAGAAUCCUUGAAUCGCCUUGCUGCCGAGAGGAUGAACAGCGGCGGUGGAGACGGGCGACACAUGGUCUCUAGGUUUCCUUCUUUAGGAUCACUUGAAUACUGA